UUUUCCCCAUCCCCUCCUAUUAUUCUUAUUCUUUUGAGUAUUCUUCAUUGUCAAGCCGCCAAAGUGGAGAGUGUGAUUGCAGAAGGGGGUGCUUCUCGUUUCAGUGCUUCUUCGGGGGGAGGAGGUGGUAGGGGUGCACCUCAGCACUAUCCCAAGACUGUCGGCAACAGCACUAGACGAGAUGUCAACUCCAGCAAUGAAAAAGAGCGACACGAUGCAAUCUUCAGGAAAGUGAGGGGCAUACUCAACAAACUCACGCCUGAGAAGUUUGACAAGCUAUGCCUUGAGCUCCUGAAUGUGGGCGUAGAUUCAAAACUCGUCCUUAAAGGAAUCAUCUUGCUGAUUGUGGACAAAGCCCUAGAAGAGCCGAAGUAUAGCUCGCUCUAUGCUCAGCUAUGUCUGCGCUUGGCAGAGGACGCACCAAACUUUGAUGGCCCUUCAUCUGAGAUCCAAACAUCCCAAAAGCAGAGCACAACCUUCAGAAGACUGCUGAUUUCCAAGCUUCAAGAUGAAUUUGAAAACCGCACCAGAAAUGUUGAAAUCUAUGACAAACAUGACAACCCUCUUACUUCUGAGGAGGAGGAGCAGCGUGCCAUCGCCAAGAUCAAGAUGCUUGGCAACAUUAAAUUCAUCGGGGAACUUGGCAAACUUGACCUCAUCCAUGAAUCUAUCCUUCAUAAGUGCAUCAAAACACUUCUGGAAAAGAAGAAGAGAGUCCAGCUCAAGGAUAUGGGGGAGGAUCUGGAGUGCCUCUGUCAGAUAAUGAGAACAGUGGGGCCGAGACUCGACCAUGAGAAAGCUAAGUCUUUAAUGGAUCAGUACUUUGGCCGUAUGCGAUCCUUAAUGAACAACAAGGACUUGCCCGCUAGGAUCCGCUUCCUGCUGCAAGACACAGUGGAACUGCGAGAAAACAACUGGGUCCCCCGCAAGGCUUUCAUCGACAACGGACCAAAGACGAUACACCAGAUCCGUCAGGAAGCAGUGAAAGAUUUGGGUGUUUUCAUCCCAGCACCCAUGUCUCAGGGGAUGAGAAUGGACUUCUUCCUGGAAAGCCCCUUCAUGCCCAACAGAAUGAAACUGGACAGAGAGACUCUCGGGGGAUUGGCCGACAUGUUUGGACAGAUGCCAGGCGGUGGGAUUGGAACUGGCCCGGGGGUUAUUCAGGAUAGGUACUCGCCCACUAUGGGACGCCAUCGCACCAACCCGCUCUUCAACGGCCACGGAGGCCACAUCGCCCCUCCACCGCAGUCACAGUUUGACAUGGGCCCCAAGUCUUUUGUCAAGUCCAACCAGGUUCAGAACCAGCAUUUCCUCAACCAGAACCAGAACCACAUGGCCCAGCAGCAGGUACAGUCCAAGGACAUGCCUCCACGAUUCAGCAAGAAAGGACAGCUCAAUGCAGAUGAGGUAUCCAUUACUACUCAGAUCAGCCUGAGACCUGCGCAGUCAUUCCUACUUAACAAGAACCAGGUCCCCAAGCUCCAGCCCCAGAUCCCCAACAUGAUGCCUCCAAGCGCCCAGCCCCCACGCACUCAAACCCCUCCACUGGGACAGCCUCCACAGCUUGGCCUGAAGACCAACCCUCCGCCUAUCCAAGAGAAACCUCAGAAGAUAAACAAGAAACCACCUCCUGCCAGGGAAGAACUUAUUAAGAUGACGGAGGCGGCCAUGACUGAUUACUUCAACAGUAAGAACCUGACCGAGGCUGUGAGCGCCGUGCGAGAGAUGAGGGCUCCCAAGCACUUCCUGCCCGAGAUGCUAAGUAAGAUCAUCGUGUGUUCCCUGGAUCGUCCCGAUGAGGACAAGGAGCACGCCAGCACCCUGAUCCACAUGCUUCGCACCGAGGGCCUCAUCACUGGAGAGAACUUCAUGCAGGCCUUCCUCACCGUCCUGGACCAGUGCCCUAAGAUCGAGUUGGACGUGCCCCUGGUGAAGUCCUACCUGGCCCAGUUUGCGGCGCGGUCCAUCAUCGCGGAGCUGGUGAGCGUGGCGGAGCUGGCUCACCCGUUGGAGAACGGCACCCACUUCCCCCUCUUCCUGCUCUGCCUGCAACAGACGGCCAAGCUGAAGGACCGGGAGUGGCUCACUGACCUCUUCCAGCAGAGCAAGGUCAACAUGCAGAAGAUGCUACCAGAAAUUGAUCAGAACAAGGACCGCAUGCUGGAGAUCUUGGAGGGGAAGGGCCUGAGCUUCCUGUUCCCGCUGCUGAAGCUAGAGAAGGAGCUGCUGAAGCAGAUAAAGGCGGAUCCCUCUCCACAGUCCAUCUACAAGUGGAUUAAAGACAACAUCUCUCCCAAACUCCACACCGAUAAAGGCUUUGUCAACAUCCUCAUGACCAGUUUCCUCCAGUACAUCGCUCAGGAGCUGUGCAUAGUGGAGGGCGACGACCAGCUGGCGGCCCCCUCCAAAGAGCAGCUGGAGCAGGAGAAACAGUUACUGCUGGCCUUCAAGCCCGUCAUGCAGAAGUUCCUGCACGACCAUACCGAGCUGCAGGUCAGCGCCCUCUACGCCCUGCAGGUGCACUGCAACGCCAGUGGGUUCCAAAAAGGCAUGCUGCUGCGCUACUUUGUCCACUUCUACGACAUGGAGAUCAUCGAAGAAGAAGCCUUCCUUGCAUGGAAAGAAGACAUUACUCAAGAAUUCCCUGGAAAAGGAAAAGCUUUAUUCCAGGUCAACCAGUGGCUCACCUGGCUGGAGACCGCAGAGGAAGAGGAGUCUGAGGACGACGCGGACUGAGAAAACCGAAGCAAGAAGCAUCAUGUGGUGUAGAAGACCGACUUAAUCUUGUUAUUACACUCGCCUUUUUCCUUUUUAUUAAACUCCAUGCUUAAGUUAACCACUAUCAUGUGGCACUCAGCUGCUUCUGUCUCGCAAAUAUAAACCGAAAGCUUGUACCUGUAGGGCCUCAUGUGUUACCACCAGUACCGUGACAAUAGGAGGAAGCAUCAUUUGAUCUGUUGCCUAAUGGAUGUUUGAUUUUUUUGGGGGGGUCUGUGUCCUGAUCAGCUACAUGAAUUGUGAAAUCUGGAGUGGCUCAACCAUGUGUUUUUUUUUUUUUCUUUUUUUUUUUUGCUCUGACUGUUAGGUUUGUAACAUUUUUUUUUCUCCCUACUUGUAUUGCAUGUUUUUCAUUUCCACUAAAUUUUUUUUUUUACUGAUUUGACCUCUUACCCCCCUCUCUCCUCCUCCCUCAUAGUAAACAGCUUUAUUUAAAAAUGUAUAGGAUUUCCCCCUCCUCUCAAUAAGUCAAAUUAAUAGUGAACUUUGCUAAUGCUAGUUUAAAAAAAAAAAAAGAAGCAUAGAGGCGUUAACUAAAGGUCUCGUCAGUAAUCUGCUUUGUGAACUUUGUUUAGGGCCAAGCUGAGAGUCUUAGAUGCUUUAACGUCGUACUCAAACUGUAAGAAAAGGGGGUUUAAAUUUAGUAGAAGGGCUGCAGACUGAUCAAUGCAUUAAAAAUCGGAAACAUGCAACAUUCUGCCUUUUUUGUUUAAAAAAAGAAAGGAGUGGAAAAAAAGUGAUUGCAAAAAGGAAGGGGGCCUGUUGAAAUGAGAGCAAAAGCAAAAGCUGGCCAAACAUUUCAUAAUGAAUUUAAAGGUGCGUGUUCAACCGUUGCUUACUAAAAAAUACAAAAAAAAAAAAAAACAGUUUUCUGCUUCUUCUGUUUUUUGUUUUUUUUUAAAAUAAAAGUGCUCUUCAUAGUCGCUCAUGAUUGAUGAUGAGCAUUUUCAUCUUUUAUUUUCUCCUCCAUCAGCAGAUUUCUCCCCCGUUUUUUUUUUGUUUUUUUGUUAUCUGUCCCUUAUGUCGUCAAUUAUUACAUGAGUGGUUGCAAUACUCCUCAUCCUCCAAAUGUUACAAUAUUUUAAAAGAACUGUAAUCAUUGGUGUGCCGCCGUAACGUUUCAAAGUUGCCUGUGUUUCUACCUCUUAGUUAGAUGGGCUUUGGUUUGUUAUUUUUUGUGUGCUGGGAAUAAUGAAAUCUACUAAGAAGAACUUAAAAAAAAAAAGAGCCCAAGCUAUAAAUGCUGAAGUAUUUGAUUUACUCCUGGCCUAAUUGCACAAUAAAUUUAUUGAAGCAGACUUUUCCUAUGAAGCUUCACGUGGUUUACAAGUAUUAAAUAUUUAAGAUCGUAAGAAACGCUUGUUUUUAAUGGAAUUCGGCAGCCUGACAACCUUUUUUUUCUUUUUCUUUUUUCUUUUUUUUUGAGAAAUGUUGUACCCUGUUAAAAGGUGUGGUGGUGGGGGGGGGGCCGUAGCGGGAGUUUCAUCUCGCCCCCAGAUAUUGGAGUGACGGUGUGAAUGUCGUCUGUUUACUUCGAUCGCUCGACAAAGAAAGAGGAAUAUUUUUAAUGGUUUUCUUUAAUUGGCCAGAAAGAGGAAAAAAAAAGAAAGCAAAACAUUUUAGAUAAGUUGUAUUUGACAUUUCCCUUUACUAAAAAAACAAAAAAAAAAACAGUAACAGUUUAACACAGCGUAAGAAAUUAUAAGAAACAUCGACUUUUAUCCAAGAACUGUGCUCACAAGCCAUGUGUAUGUAUAAGGCAAUGGAUUCGGAUCAUAUUAAUUAUUGUGCACCUCUAUUGCUUUAAUGUCAAUAAAGUCCAGUUCAUGAGCACCAAAA